UGGGGUGAUUGGCAUGCUGUACGCCGUAUGCCAGGUUGGCGGACAGCAUGCGGGUACCUGCUCUGUUCAAAUGGAGCCCGUCUGACCCAAAGAGAUGUCUUCUGUCCCAGAACACGUCAAAGUUUUGACGAAGCCCACCUGAUGUGAGCUGCAGGUAGAGGAGAGCCAGGUGUUGAGGCUGAGCAGCUGCUGAAGCUGCCUAUCCCUCCGCCACAGGUAAAAACAGUCACCUGGGACCGUGAGACGGAGUUAAAAAGGUGGAUGAAGUCUUUCUUUAAAAGUUCAGACUGUUGCCUGACGAUGUCGUUCGCACCAGCGUGGAUGAUAAUCCUUUUUGCCUGCGGAUGCGAGCUCAGGAUGUCAGGUAUUUUCCCCGUUAUGUCCUUAACUGUGGCUCCGGGGAACGCCCCCCGCAUGCGGACAUGCCUCACAAUCGAUUUGGAAUGGAGCAGGCGGGCUGCCGACCGGAGGAGGACGGCUACCAGAGCACUGUGUGCCCGAGUGCAGAGGUGGUACUCUGAGGUGCUAACUCACCGGCCCGUGAGGUCUCCAGCCAGUUGGUCAACGCCGGAAAACGGAUUCUGAGGGCGAUCAACAUUGAAUCCGUCAUCUGCAGCUCAUUCGACAUCCGUUCAAUGUCCUGGAGAAGGGUUCAGAAGAGUUCAGAGGAUUCCAGGGCUCAGUCUAUCCAGGAGCAACAAACACACCUGGACUCUAUAUUUAUGAUUCUUAAAGAGAACAUUUUCAGUUUUGUGAUGGAUGAGUUGAAGAAAUUCCAGCAUCUUCUGAGUCUGGAUCCAGAAACAUUAAAGAGUCAGAGGGAGGAUGAGGAGGUAGAUGGUGAAGGGACGCAGCAGAAGAGCAAAAUCAGAGAGUCUUUACUGAACAUCACUCUGCACUACAUGAGGAAAAUAAAGCAAGAGGGGCUGGCUGACUGUCUGCUGAGCAGAACUUCUUCUGGACUGUGUCAACGUGAAUUCAAAUCAAAUCUAAAGAAGAAGUUCCAGUAUGUGUUUGAGGGGAUUGCUAAGAAAGGAAAAUCCUCCUUUCUGAAUGAGAUCUACACAGAACUCUACAUCACAGAGGGAGAAUCAUCAGAGGUCAGUGAUGAACAUGAGGUCAGAAAGAUUGAAGCAGCUUCCAGGAAGAAAGAUGAACUGGAAAAUAGAAUCAAAUGUGAAAACAUCCUUAAACCAUCAACUCACAGAGAUGAACCAAUCAGAACAGUGAUGACAAAGGGAGUGGCUGGCAUUGGGAAAACAGUCUUAACACAGAAGUUCACUCUGGACUGGGCUGAAGACAAAGCCAACCAGGACAUCCACUUCAUAUUUCCAUUCACUUUCAGAGAGCUGAAUGUGUUGAAAGAGAGAAAGUUCAGCUUGGUGGAACUUGUUCAUCACUUCUUCACUGAAACCAAGGAAGCAGGAAUCUGCAGGUUUGAAGAGUUCCAGGUUGUGUUCAUCUUUGACGGUCUGGAUGAGUGUCGACCUCCUCUGGACUUCCACAACACUGAGAUCCUGACUGAUGUUAAAGAGUCCACCUCAGUGGAUGUGCUGCUGACAAACCUCAUCAGGGGGAAACUGCUUCCCUCUGCUUGCCUCUGGAUAACCACACGACCUGCAGCAGCCAAUCAGAUCCCUCCUGAGUGUGUUGACAUGGUGACAGAGGUCAGAGGGUUCACUGACCCCCAGAAGGAGGAGUACUUCAGAAAGAGGUUCCAAAAGAAGAAGCAGACCAGGAGGAUCAUCUCCCACAUCAAGACAUCACGAAGCCUCCACAUCAUGUGUCACAUCCCAGUCUUCUGCUGGAUCACUGCUACAGUUCUGGAGGAUGUGUUGAAAACCAGAGAGGGAGGAGAGCUGCCCAAGACCCUGACUGAGAUGUACAUCCACUUCCUGGUGGUUCAGGCCAAAGUGAAGAAGGUCAAGUAUGAUGGAGGAGCUGAGACAGAUCCACACUGGAGUCCAGAGAGCAAGGAGAUGAUUGAGUCUCUGGGAAAACUGGCUUUUGAUCAGCUGCAGAAAGGAAACCUGAUCUUCUAUGAAUCAGACCUGACAGAGUGUGGCAUCGAUACCAGAGCAGCCUCAGUGUACUCAGGAGUGUUCACACAGAUUUUUAAAGAGGAGAGAGGCCUGUACCAGGACAAGAUGUUCUGCUUUGUCCAUCUGAGCGUUCAGGAGUUUCUAGCUGCUCUCCAUGUUCAUAUGACAUUCAUUAAUACGGAUGACAGUCUGGAUGAAGUCCAAAAAUCAUCUCUGAAAUGCAACAUGUUACAAGGUAAACCUGACCUAGAUCAUCUCCACCGACGUGCUGUGGACGAGGCCUUACAGAGUCCAAAUGGACACCUGGAUCUGUUCCUGCGUUUUCUCCUGGGUCUUUCAGUCCAAACCAGUCAGAGUCUUCUACAUGGCCUGGUGAAUGAGAGGGGAAACAGAGAAACAACCAGCAUAGAGACAGUGAAGUACAUCAAGAAGAAGAUCAGUGAGGAUCUUCCUACAGAGAGAAGCCUUAAUUUGUUCCACUGUCUGAAUGAACUGAAGGAUGAAUCACUAACAGAGGAGAUCCAACAGUUCCUGAGUUCAGGAAGACUCUCAGAAAAGAAGCUCUCUCCUGCUCAGUGGUCAGCUCUGGUCUUUACGCUACUGUCAUCAGAAGAAGAUCUGGAUGAGUUUGAUUUGAAGAAAUUUUCAGCUUCAGAAGAUGCUCUUCUCAGGAUGCUGCGAGUCAUCAACGCCUCCAAAAGAGCUGUGUUGAGUGAUUGUAACCUGUCAGAGAGAAGCUGUGAAGCUCUGGCCUCAGUUCUCAGCUCCCAGUCCUCUUGUCUGAGAGAGUUGGACCUGAGUGAUAAUGACCUGAAGGAUUCAGGAGUGAAGCUUCUUUCUGAUGGACUGAAGAGUCCACGGUGUCAACUGGAAACUCUCAGUUUGUCAGGUUGUCAGGUCACUAAGGAGGGCUCUUCUUUUCUGGCCUUGGCUCUGACCUCUAACCCCUCCCAUCUGAGAGAACUGGACCUGAGCUACAAUCAUCUAGGAGACUCAGGAGUGAAGCUGCUUUCUGAUAUAAAAGAGAAUCCAGACUGUGGACUGGUCACACUCAGGGUGGACCACGGUGGAGAGCAGAGAAUGAACCCAUGUCCCAGAAAGUAUGCUUGUAAACUCACAAUGGACCAAAACACAGCACGCAGGGACCUCCUGCUGUCUGACGACAACACAAAGGCACAGAGACAGACACAGACACAUCAUCUUACUCCGGAGACAUUUGACCACUGUCAGGUUCUGUGUACAGAUGCAGUGACUGAUCGCUGUUACUGGGAGGUUGAGUGGAAAGGAAAUGUGCUCAUAGCAGUGACUUAUGAAACAAGCAAAAGGAAAGAAAACACUGAAGACAGUUGGUUUGGGAACAACAGUUGGUCCUGGAGUCUGCAAUGCUCUGAUAAUUAUUAUUCUGUCUGUCACAAUAAAACAGCAAUGGAGAUUUCACCCUCUCUCUCCUCUGUAUCUAACAGAGUAGCAGUGUAUGUGAACUACUCUGCUGGAACCAUCUCCUUCUACAGAGUCUCUAAUGAAAAACUGCAACCUCUCCACACCUUCCACUCCACCUUCACUGAACCUCUCUACCCUGGAUUUGAAUUUGAAUGCAACUCCUCUGUGGCAAUUUGUGAGCUGUAGACAAAUAAGAUACACCCUGCUGACUGAAUAAAAUCAGUGAUUGGUCACCCUGGACACGUUACACAUGUGUUUACCAUGAAAAUGAAUACAUUACGGGUAUUUCAAACUUGGUGUUCUGUGCACAUUCUACUUUUUUAAUUUAAAGCAGGCCUUCUGCUUCUACAUGCUAGAAAUGUGUACACUCUUUGACCAUCUCAUCUCACCUUCUAGCCGUCAUUGGCGAGCAGCAGGGUACACCCUGGACAGGUCACCAGUCUAACGCAGGGCUAACACAGAGACAAACUCACUCUCACUCACACCUACCAACACCAGUUAGGUGGAAGAAACCUGAGUACUCGGAGAAAACCCACACAGACACAGGGAGAACAUGUAAACCUGACCAUUGUUGAUCAAAAGUAGUACGUAGUAGUAGUUCAUAUACAGUAUUUAGAUUUUCUUUCUCAAUAUGGAAAUUAUUUUGUAUUUUUUCCCUACCAUUUCCAUCCCAAAAAGUUGUCCAAGUAAUGAAAAUUAAGACUUUUCAUUUUAUUUUAUUUAUUAUUAUUUAGUUUUAUUAUUGUUGUGUCUCCUUGUACCAUAUUGUCUUGGACUGUCUGUAUAUGCUGCACAUGUAGUUUGUACUGGGACAUCUUUAUUCUGUGGUCUGCCCUGGUUGUGUAUAGGUUUAUUAUAUUAGCGUUAUGUUUAUUUGUUUUCAUUUUGAACAGGUAUGUAAAUACUAUACAUUGUAUUGGUGUGGGUGUCAGUCAUUUCCAUGAAAAACUUCUAAUUCUGUGAGCAGAACCACUUUGUCAAUAAAACGGCGAGUGAUCAAUA